GCGACACCAACAAUCCUCGAUGCUCCAAGCAGAACCUUCACUGUACUGUGGUCAGUCGCUGUUGUGCCUGGGAGACAGUACGUCCCGCUCGUCCUUUACUUUCCUGAGGUGAAGUAAGUAGUUUUACAGGCGAAAACAACUACCGUCUGCUUGGCCGAACAAGAUUCAGCUCUGCGCCGUUAAUCACCAUUGAUGUCGCAGGGGUCGAAUAGGCUACUCGAAGAACAACUUAAGAAACGACGAUAGCGGACGGAGCCACCAUGUGCAGGCACUUGACUCUUUCUUUCUGAGUGGGUUGGAGGGUGGUUGUAACCAUGCGUUGCCUGGCUGCUCGAGUCAAUUAUAAGACCCUCAUUGUCAUCUGCGCCCUUUUCACGCUCAUCACUGUGUUGCUGUGGAAUCGCUGCUCUCGUAACACCUCCCUACGCUUUUUGCCUCAAGCUGCUUUGGUGGCACCAAGUCCCAAGGAGGGGGAUGCUAGCUUGAGCAGCCCACAACACCCUCCACAACCUCCAGAACCCCCUCCUGUUGUUGGUGGAAACAAGUAUGAGGAAAUUGACUGCCUGAUCAAUGAUGAAUCUACAGUCAAAGGCAGACGUGAGGGUGGAGAGAUCUAUAUGCCCUUCAGUUGGAUGGAAAAAUACUUUGACGUGUAUGGAAAAGUGGUGCAGUAUGAUGGCUAUGAUCGCUUUGAGUUUCAGCAUAGUUACUCAAAGGUUUACGCACAACGGGAGCCCUAUCACCCAAAUGGAGUCUUUAUGUCAUUUGAGGGCUACAAUGUGGAGGUCCGUGACCGAGUGAAGUGCAUAAGUGGAGUGGAAGGUGUGCCUUUGUCCACUCAGUGGGGUCCUCAGGGCUACUUCUAUGCCAUCCAGAUUGCCCAGUAUGGCUUGAGUCACUACAGCAAAAACCUGACGGAGCGGUCACCCCACCUGGUGGUCUAUGAUACAGCCGAGGAGAGAGAUAGCCGGGCCAGCACAGCAACAUGGAGUGUGCCAAAGGGCUGCACUCUCAGCCGUGUCAAGGACAAGAGCCGUGCUUCCUCAGUUCGGCAGUUCAGUGCACCAGAUUCUUCAGAGGCAGUGUCACUCCCUCUAGAUAACACCAAAGAGUUCAUCCUCAGCUUGGACAUCAAGUUCACCUCCAAUGGCAGCUUGUCUGUCAUCCUCGACACUACAGAGAAAGGCUCACCCUUCACCAUCCGCUAUGUUACCAACACGCAACUCAUUGCCUUCAAAGAUCGUGAAAUCACCUAUGGCAUAGGGCCACGCACCACCUGGAGCACUCUGACACGUGACCUCCUCACAGACCUAAGGAAAGGUGUUGGUUUAUCUAACACCAAGGCUGUGAAAGCCACUAAGAUCAUGCCCAAGCGAGUUGUACGAUUACUCUUGCAAGGACGGGGAUUUGUUGACAACAUCACUGUCUCCACCACUGCCCACAUGGCUCCCUUCUUUGCUGCCAGUGACUGGCUCAGGCGCAACCAGGACGAACAUGGCGGCUGGCCCAUCAUGGUCACACGUAAAUUGGGAGAGGGCUUCCGGCCACUAGACCCUGGCUGGUACUCUGCAAUGGCCCAAGGCCAGGCCAUGUCCACCCUUGUGAGAGCCUACCUCCUCACCAAGGACCAGACUUACCUCAAUGCUGCGUUGAAGGCAGUCGGACCCUAUAAGGUGCCAUCAGCACAGCACGGGGUCAAGGCUGUAUUUAUGAACAAAUAUGACUGGUAUGAGGAGUAUCCCACCUCACCUAGUUCCUUUGUCCUUAACGGUUUUAUCUACUCCCUGCUGGGACUCUACGAUUUGAGCGAGACAGCUGGUGAGAAGCUUGGCAAGGAGGCUGGACAGCUGUUCAGCCGCGGCAUGGAGUCACUGAAGGCCAUGCUGCCGCUCUUUGACACCGGGUCGGGAAGCAUCUAUGACCUGCGCCACUUCAUGUUGGGCACCGCGCCCAACUUGGCUCGCUGGGACUAUCACACCACACACAUUAACCAGCUACAGCUGCUGGCAUCAAUAGAUAACGCUCCCAUCUUCAAGGAUGUGGUGAAGCGCUGGAAAAGCUACUUAAAAGGGAAUCGUGCUAAGCACAACUAGACACACUUCAAGAUGCAGUGUGUGAAUUAAGGGUUGACUGAAAGUGAAGAGGAAGAUUAUAGUGCGUCUAUAUGCAUUGCAGUAUAGAGUGUGUGUUUUAAUCCCAAUGAUGUUUAAGUAGCCACAGCUUUCAAUAUUAGAAUGGGUGUGCUCUGUUACAGGUGUUGUAUUCUCUGCAGCACCAAUUGUAGCAUGCCUUUUUUUCGGGAGUUAGUAUUUGUAAUUAUGCACAGACUUGAUUUCUGUUUUUUUUUUUUUUUUUUUUUUUUUUUUGUCUUCAGGAGCUGAUUUUAGUUAACUUAAAAUGAAAGCGAGCCGAUUUCAACAAUCAUUCACCAUUCUACUCAGAUGUAUUUUUUUACAUUUCACCCUAGAUAUAAGUGGAAGUAACUAAAUAACAAAAAUAAAAUUUUAAUGUUUGGAAGAUUAAUUUGAUAAGAAGUCUUAUCACAGUAUGCAUUUGAAUUUCACACUCGAACAACAAUGCAAAUAAGAUGCUUUUGAUAUGAACUGCUUUUCAGUAAUAUGGAGGCACCUCAGUUAACUUAACAAAAUGCUGCAACAUAAACAAAGGUUAGACUUUAUCAUAAAAAUGAUUUGCAAGUAUAUGUACUAUGUUCGACCGCAAUGUAAGUUUGAAUCCUGAAUUAUUACUGGAAUCAACAUACUGUGGAAAGAAGCAUCUGUAAACUAGAUUAUCUAUUUUAGAGAUGGUAUCUUCUCAAUAUAAAUUAUUUGAUAGCCCUUUCAUUAAAGCUCACAGAUAACAAAAUUAGUUUGUUUUUUACAUCACACCAUCUUGUGAAGGUGUAGAUGGGAGGCAACGUUAAUAUAAACACUGUAGCAUUUGCACUAUUGGCUAAAUGGAUGCAAACGGUCUUUUAUACCUGUCAAGAUGGGCAAUAACUGCCAUCCGUCCGCCCAUUUUCUGUACCGCUUAUCCUCAGUCAAGCCCAUUUUAGCAUGAUUUUGAGUCUGUCAACUUAUUUUGAAUAUGGGCAGAUUUCAGUCUGUUUUUCACUUACAACUUACACUUAAGUGGAUGAAAAGCAGCUGUUGAAAGAAUCUUGAUUGAAGUCGCUGCCAAUAUUUUGUUAAUUUCAGUUAAUCAGGCCUUUGUAAUGAAAUGCGUGGUAAAGACGACAGCUUUGCACAGCUUUUUCUAUGAAAGGGUUUUAGUGCCGUUCGAAUUUCCAUUUGAACACUAUGGUUCUCUCAUCGCAACUCAUCAUUCCAAUUUGUGAAUUGAGCAGUGUAGUUGGGUCAAACAGUUUUGAAAUGUAUAUACAGUCCGCUCCAAAAGUAUUAGAACGGCAUGGUCAACCCCUCUGUUUUUGUUGUAUACUGAAGACAUUUGGGUUUUAGAUCAAAAUAUGAGUAUGAGACAAAAGUUCAAAAUUACAGCUUUUAUUUCAUGCUAUUUAUAUCUUGAUGUUUUAAACAAUCCAGGACAGAGCACCUUUUGUUUGAACCCACCCACUUUUCAAGUGUAAAAGUAUUACAACAUGACUAAUGGGUUUUUCUAGUUGCUCAGGUGUUGCCUUUUAGAUUGAUUGCUUAAACAUUAGAUAGUGCUUGUUUUUGGCUUUGGGUUUCACCUGUGAAAGCUACAUUUGCUGUUAAACAAACAUGAAGACCAGAGAGUUGCCUAUGGGAGAAAGGCAAACAAUUUUGAAGCUGAGAGAAGAGGGGAACUCGAUCAGAGGUAUUGCACAAACAUUGGGCAUAGCCAAUACAAUAAUUUGGAAUGGCCUGAAAAAGAGAAACAACUGGUGUACAUUUUUUAUUUUUAUUUUAUUUAUUUAUUUAUUCCCCUCCCCCUGUUCGGUUGUUAGGUCAAACAGAAAGGAAAAUCUGUAUCACUUUUGUGCUGGAACAGUUAUACUGUUUCACAGUGAGUGGACUUUUUAAGCUUCCACUGUGGUUUUGUUUGUAUUCUGAUGCAUAUUUAUUAAGAAUAACAGUCGUUCAGUUGCACAGAACAAAGUUUUUAAAGGGAAGUGACAGAAAAAACAGGAGAAAGAGUGAAACGGUAACUAAAUAAUAUAGGAAAAGAAGGCAACAAAAAACAAACCAGGAGCUGUAAACAAGAUGAGGAAAGUAAACCAUUAUAUAACUAGUACAAUGACACAUUGGAUUCGAGUGUCGUAUGGGUACCCUGUGAGGGAAGGUCAGGACAAUAUAGGACAGGGAAGGAGGAGAAACAUGCAGGAGAGGGGUCGUGGACCCAGCUUUACAACUGAAGUGUGGUGGGAGUGGCUAUGUAAAUUGUAAACAUCAGUCGGAACAGAUUGUGAGGGGAUACCAAGAAAUUCGCAUAGUUAUUUGUCGCAAUGAGUGAGUGGCCCCACACCCAGCCUAUAAGUCCCAAUUCACUUGCAUGUGUCUGCAGACACUUGCAAGUGAAUUGCGUCCCGGUGGACGGGACACCUACUACACCGAGGGAUCUAGGGUAGUCUACAGGCCCCACCGAUGGGCCCCGAAAACCAGCCCCCCCAAGAGGAGACCGCAGGGACCCAACGCCACCCCCCACAGGCUCACUAGUCUUUAUUGAUGAUGUAACUCAUGGUGGUAGCAGCAGAAUGAAUUCUGAAGUCUACAAAACCAUUUUGUCUGGCAAUCUACAGAAAAAUACAUCCAAACUAAUCAGGAGAAGCUUCAGACAACAGAGAACAAGACAAUGACCCAAAACACACUGCCAACGCAACAAAGGACAUCAUCGGGGGGAAAAGUGGAAGGUCUUAGACUGUCCAAGUCAUUCACUGGACCGUAACCCAAUAAAGAAUGCAUUUUUUCUCCUGAAGUGGAGACUGAAGUGAGAAACCCCCAGAAACAAACAAGAACUGAAAGAGGCUUUAGUAAAGGCCUGGAAAAGCAUUUCAAAUGAAGAAUGCAACAGUCUGGUGAAGUCAGUGGGUCGCAGACUUGAUGAAGUUAUUUCAAGUAAGGGUUUUUGCUCACUUGAAAAGUGGGUGGCUUCAAACAAAAGGUGCUCUGUCCUGAGUUGUUUAACACAUCUAGAUGUAAAUACCAUGAAAUAAAAGCUGGAAUUUUUGUUUUUGUUGUAUACUGAAGACAUUUGGGUUUCAGAUCAAAAGAUGAAUAUGAGACAAAGGCAUUUAACUUGCCGUUCCCAUACUUUUGGAGGGGACUAUAUAUAUUUUCUUUAUUUUAUUUUUUUUAAAUAAACAAUUCUUAAGAAGACUGAACCCUGAGGGGACUCAAUGACAGACUUAAACAGUUUUCCCUUCCCAGUGGGUUUUUGUUUUCCCUCAAUGCAUCAUGCAUCAAACACUGCACAUGCAACACAUGCAAACUCCACAAAAGCGAGGCCGGGUUUGAACCCAGGUCCUCAGAACUGUGAGGCAGAUGUGCUAACCAGUCGCACACCAUGCCGCCUUUCAAAGAGAAAUUGACCUAAAAAUAAAUUCCUUAUGACUAUGAUCGUGCCGCCCUUCAAAGAGAAAUUGACCUACAAAUGAAUUCCUUAUGACUGUGAUCAGUGAUAAUCAAAAACUUUAUGUUUGAAAAAAACAAGGGCAUUCAUAAUGUAUAGCUCCACAGUAAGGGUGGAAAUGGCAGAAGAACUUGAUAAAUUAUUAUUGCAGCAUUUUGCCAAUGAUAAUAUCCCAAUAGAGUGGCAAUGGGAUAAUCCAUUUAUGGGAUGGACUAUUACGAUAGCCAUCUAACUAAAGAUGUGAAAACUUGUAGAAACAGUGAGUUGCAGAUUAAGCAUCUACUAAAUCUAUAUGUGAAUAUUAAUAAGUAAAUUUUUUUACAGGAAUACAACAAUACACUUGUCACAAUAUUAUUACACUAACGGUGGUUUGUUGACAUUUUUCAGGAGCGAGGAAAACUUUCACCACAAAUAUGUUCUAAUAACACAUUCACAGUUAUCACUAUGAAUGUGUAUAUGUAAUGUAAAAGUGGCCGUACAUAGAGGACUGGCAAAGUAGGAUUUAAAUCUCCUCUUCGGGUUCAUCUCCCUUUUUCCACAAUAGAUAGUAAAGUAAAAUUCCAUGUUUGCACAAAGAAAAUGAUUUUAAUAAAGCAUUGCCUUUAAAUUUUAAAUUGACGUCUGCAUAAUUCAAAGUUGGCAAAUUUACACACACAAUUUUGACCUUUGUGCAUCAGAUUCGGUUCAGCAAAAUGACUCCUUUGUCACUUCUUAACCCACAUUGUUUGAUUAAUUCAACUUAAUCCAAGGAUGUCAAUAUGCAGUUUAUCGAAAAGAAGUACUGAUGAUUCGAUCCGUUUUUAACAAUGGUGUUUAUUUGAACAAAAUGAACAAGGCGGCGAGUUGCAGGGAAGCCAAAAUUAAAAACUUAAAACUGACUUCUUUGGUUAUUUAGAUAUAAAGUGUUGACAUUAAACGGAGACGGUAAUCUUAGUGAGUUUGCAACUGCAUGUGUGUGAAAGAUAUAAUGCGAUUUGUUUUAUUAUUGCUUUAUUGAUGUUUUGUCGUCGAUAUUUGAUGAUAAGGUAAUGUAUGAUAUUACUUUCUUUUUUUUCAAAAUUCUACAUCUUUGAAAGAGAUGUGGUCCUUUUUACGCUACUAGGCAUAAUUCGGAACCCAACUUGUGAGUUAUAGACAACUGUCUGGACUGGAGGUUAAGUAGUGCAAGUUUCCUGUCAUAUUUGUGCACUACACCAUUCUAUAAUUUUUCUAGUUACAUAGUUUGCUACAUGAAACUGUUUAAAUCUCGUUUUAUUCUCCAACAGCAACUAGUACUUGGUUAUUUUUUUAGUAUUUUUUUCCCAUGAACUCAGUUCUUAUUAUUAUUACAGUAGCUCGAAAAUUCUGUUUUGUUUAUACCAAAGUAGCAUAGUAAAGAAUACUUCAAUGUGUAUAUUUUGGUACAAAGCUAAGCAUUUCAUGAAAUUCAGUCAUCUUGGAAGAUAAAUCCAUGUGACUGUGCCUUUGAACUCCAAAUGGUUGAGCAGAUUCUAGUCAAACUUGCUUAUUAGCGCUACUGUUUUUAACAGAAAUGGACAGAUAUCGGUACACUCCCAUUGAUUUUAUUUUUCAUUUCCAUUUAAAGGUGGGUGUGUGUUGGUUCUGUUUUUCUCCACUAUGUUUAGAGUAAUUUUCAGAAAUGUAAAAUGUUUUGCUAUUAAGACAAAAGCACAAUUUAUAUUUAAGAUACUUUUAAAUAUAUAUAUAUAUUAUAUAUAUAUAUAUAUAUAAUGUGUGUGUAUUGGCUUCACUUUUUCUUUCUCAGAUAGUUGCCCCACCUGCAUUAAGAAAGCUGCUAUUAUUGUUCAAUGUGUAAUGACUAUACAACUUUAUUUCCCCUCAUUUCAGUGAAAUCCCCUUAAAUUGUGUCACCACAGGAGACGCAGAGUGGUUGUACAGACUUUCCAGUCUAAGCACAAUGUGCAAAUGCUACCAUUUUUUAGUCCCGUAAAUAGAGGUGUUUAUACACAAAGUAAAACUUUGUGCUAGCUUUUUAAAAAUGUAAAAGAAAAAAAAGAAAUAAAGGCAUUUUCUUAAUCUC